AUGUCACGGUGGCCUCCAACACAUAACUAUGGCUCUGGUCAAAACAAGUUCGAGUCUCAGUUCCACCAAUGUGCUACUGCUAUGGGUUGGGCUUCUCCCAACGAAGCCAUUAAUGAAGAUUCAGAUGGUGCCAACACCGUGAACCCUUCCCCCGCUACACUGAUUCCCGGCCUCCAGUGUCAAGUUCCUCAAUGUCCUUCCGAAUCAUACCAAAUGAAUCAACAAGCGAAUUUGGUUGCUCAAUACAAUCACCUCGGUUACGCUCAAGUUCCAGUCCCAGUUGGCUAUACAAACACCGGUCAACACGCUGUGAAUCCUGGUUAUGCGAACGAGAUGGUCACAGCUGGGUCUAGGUCUUCCAUGUUUAUACCGAUGGGAUCUCCUAGCUCCGGCUCUCCGGCGGGAAUGUCGACUUUCAAUCAGCCGAAUCAGCCUCUUGUCUCUCAUUCAUCUCAUGUAUCGGACUCGAAUGGGACACUGGUAAUGACAAGUCCGGCUGUGGAUUCGACACCACAGUCCAUACAUGACAGGCGCCAUGUGAGUGAACAGUAA